AUGGCUUCUUCUCUGGAGAUUGUCAAAUUGUGCUCUUCUCCUGUAUCGAUUUCCCGCCAUAAAUCUCCAGUAAAAUUGGAAUCUAGAAAAAGGGUAUUCAGAUUAGCCGAUUCUAGGAGCUGGCAUCGUCUUGGUAGGUGUGUUAGGGUUUAUUCAUCUGCUCUUAACGGCGAUAAUCCGUCAAAAGGUCAGCUUUUUCUUGCUUCUUCUUCUUCUCCUCUUGCUAAUCUCUCUAGAAGGACUAAUUAA